UGGCUGGGGAGGAGCCCUCUCGGGAGGAGAGGCCGGACACAUCCAAGGAAGGAUGUCCCGGAUAAGAUUCCCAGGGGAUGCUGGCUAGACACCGCUGAGAAGAGGCCGAAUUAGAUGUCUCUGGGAAAGGCUUCCGAAGGAGGAUGAUCUGGACUUAGAGAAGGGCUCACCUGGAGGCGAAUGUCCCGUGGAAGGCAUCCAGGUUCGCCCCGGCCCACAUCCCGGGCUGUCCCUCCUUGACUCCUACCGGAGUCCAGGUCCGGCUGCCUGGUGUCUUUCUAAGUGGGUUUUGAGAACACGCAUGGACCCCACUCUGGAGGCAUGGAUCUGACUACAUUUCCAGGAUGUCACCAUCUCUGUGUGAUACCAAUAGGCUGCUGGGUGGCCUGGGCCAGCAAGGAGAAGCUAUUCAAGUGCCAGUCUUUGGUGGUUUUCAUUCUUCAUGGUGGUUGGCAGGGGCUGGCCGUGUGGUGGCAGUUGCCUCUGGAAGCAGGAGCAUGUGGUGCCCUCUAGUGUUGAAGACCCUGAGUCUGCAGCCUUGGCCCUGCGAGUAUUUACAGCUCACAUUGUGGAUCUAGUAUAGGGUUCCUCGACCCUUGGCAGCGGCCAGUGUUCCGGCUCUUGUGUGGGAUUCCUUAGCUGUUCACACCAGCCGGUGCCACAGCUCCUCCGACCAGCUCGUAGACCCCUGGCUCUAAAGGUUUGAUCAACAGCUCUCCGGAGCUCGUCAGUGACCUGGCCUGCAGUUCUCUACUCCGGCUCUCUGCAACCUUUUACCCUCUUCCAGUCUCAGCUCUCCACCCUCUCGCUGUCUGUCUUUCCACUUCGGCUGCCUUUCUUCCUGCCCUGGCUGUUGUUGAACCGCUCAGCUGUUGCUUCAGCUGUCGGGCAGCUGGCAGUCUCGUCCUCUCUGCAGCUUGGUUUGUCAGCCGCCCAGCUGUGGCCACCACUGUUGUCCCGCUGCCUCUGCUGACCUCUACUGUUGCCGCCGCCGCCGCCGCCGCCGCCGCCGCCUCUGCUACUUUCUCUGUUACCAGCCCAACCUCCUCUACUAAAGUGGGCAAGAAAAGAGGACCGGGAGAGGCCUUUUCUUGGGGCUGGUGCUCUCACUCUAGGGGUGAAGUUCAGGAGAGUCUCCCCACAGACUCAUUAAGUGAGCCUCCACAGCCGGUUUGUAUAGCCUCGGAGAGAUGUUUGGACCGGUCACAGACUUGCCUGUUGGCACCUUCACAAUGACCGAGGAUUGUGUUUUGGACAGUCAUAACCCUGUGUCUUUAGCAGUAGUUAACAGCAGUCCCUCCUCUAGGUACCGGAAGAUGCUGUCCGCCUGGCCUAGGUUGGAAGUGGUUGCAGUAUCAUCUGGAGUUCAUUGAGACUUGUGAUGGCAAAAAGUCUGAUUAAAACUGUUCUAAACAACCUGGUGGAAGCUGUGCUGUUGGGGGGCGGGGGGCGCUGCUGGCGUAGGGUAGCCCGGCUCCUCAUUUGACAGUCCUUUUGCUCAGGGAAGCAAGGGAGAGUGACUAGAGGAGGCAGGGUCAAUGGAGAGUUAAAAUCACUUAGGGGAUCUAAAAAAGGAAUUUAUAUGCUCAGACCUUACUCUUAGAAAUGGCUGGGUAAGCCAGCAGUGGCACACGCCUUUGAUCUCAACACUCAGGAGGCAGAGGCAGGCGGUUCUCUGUGAGUUCAAGGCCAGCCUGGUCUACAGAGCGAGAUCCAGGAAAGGCUUCAAAGCUACACAGAGAAACCCUGUCUCGAAAAACGACAAACAAACAAAAAGAAAUGGCUAGGUAAAAGGUUAGGAGUCUGGCCUGGCGGUGGUGACUGCGCAUGCCACCCAGCACCCGAGAGGCAGAGCCAGGUGGAUCUUGGUGAGUUUGAGGCCAGCCUGGGUUACAGAUCGAGAUCCAGGACAGGCACCAAAACUACUCGGAGAAACCCUGUCUCAAAAAACCAAAAAAAAAAAAAAAAAAAAAAAAAAAAAAAAAGUUAGGAGUCUGUGUGCAGUAUAAGUCACAGUAAAAUAAACCCGCCUUUUCCCCCUUUGUAAUGGGAGAGUCAUAGCUGUUAUUGCACAAGAAGUUUACAACAAGAAACAGCCAGUUCAUUCAAAAGGCAAUAAUUCCAAAACGCCUUGCAGGAUGGUUUCCUCCACCAGAACCCUUGGUUCUGAUAGGCUGACCUUCUGAACACUGGUUGUCACCUGCUGUAUGGCCUUUUGCUACCAGCAGCUCUCAGUAGUCGGUGGGUCGGCAGUGGGCAGGGACUCCUGCCAGCCCUAAGCCCGUGUCCGUCUCCUACAGACUCCCUGAGAGCACCGAGGAGGCACCAGGCUAUCUCCUAGAGUGUGACAGCUCUGUGCUGGGCACCUUGCAGAAGUACCUGGCCAUAUAUAAGAUCCGGCGGAAGGUCGCUGUGGAGCCAUGUCCAGAGCUCCAUGUGUGGGCUGUGCUACCCUGUGGCCCUCAGGUCCCUGAGGCUGCACCACUAGAAGAGAGGGUGGAAGCCACCACCAUCCUCGCCCGUGACCCCCGGACUGUACGCAUGGGGUGGCGGCUUCUCACUCAGGAUGAUGGCCCAGCCUUGGUGCCCGGGGGACAGCUUGGGGACCUCCAGGAUUAUCGUAUGUACCGGUACCAGCAAGGCAUCCCCGAGGGGAUCCGUGACCUGCCCCCAGGGACAGCCCUACCUCUGGAGUCCAACCUGGCCUUCAUGAACGGUGUGAGCUUCACCAAGGGCUGCUACAUUGGGCAGGAGCUGACGGCCCGCACCCACCACACAGGCGUCAUCCGUAAGCGUCUCUUCCCUGUGAGGCUUGAAGGCCCCCUGCCUGCCGAUGGCAUCAGUCCCGGUACCUCAGUGACGGUGACUGCGACAGGACAGGCAGCGGGCAAGUUCAGGGCCGGCCAGGGACACGUGGGACUGGCUUUGCUGCGGUCAGAGACCAUCAAGGGUCCUCUCCACAUAAAGACCUCCGAGAGCCAACAGGUGGCUGUGACUGCCUCAGUGCCGGACUGGUGGCCCACGGCAGCCAAGUAGCCGGAUGCUCUGAAUUUCACUGGCCUUAGAGUUACCAGGUGCCUCUGAGCCGCUGCCCAAGGUCUUCAAUGUGUGUGCUGUGUCCCGUUGGGUAUGAGUUCCUUCUCCUGUGGUGGCUUCCUGGACACACCCACUGGGAAAGUUCCAUGUGUUCCAGGCUACGGAUUGCCUGCUGCGUCCUGCAGAGGGUCCUACUCUUGUGGGCUCUCCUCUCCCAGGUGUGUGACUGAGAACAGAGUCACCAUCCUGAUGCCGGGAGAGGGAAGGGUCUGAGCUCCCCUUUGGACCAGAUUCUGAAUGGGAUUUGAUACAGUCCCUGGGCCAAGGCAGGAGUGAAGCCUCUGUCCAGUGUCAGCUCCCUAACCUUGUUUCUCUUGGAGGGAGGUUCUCUGUGUCUGCAAAAUUACUGGGCCAGGAAUGCAGGCACUGUGUUCUCUGGAAGCACAUCUCAGGGCAGGAAUUGUUUGGGUUGUGUGCACGGUGGGGAGGUUGAUGCCCUUGGACUGGGACAUGUGUUCUGUGAGCCACAGGGACUGCGUGUCCACUGUCCCAGGGGCUCUUCUCACUCCUCAGAGUGAGCUGCUGUCUUUUCACACUCCCCAGGAAGCUCCGGAGGCGUGGAGCCCAGGGCUCAGGUCCAUCUGGGAGGAGCUUCAACCUUUUGGCUGGUUUGGGAUGUCACUUUUAUGUAUGCUUUUAGUGGGGAGUGACUUGCUGGUGGGGUGCAUGCUCCCCAGAACCACUUUUUCUAACCUUUGUAAUGUGAACUGGGGUCUUGCCACAAAGCCUAAGGACCAGUAAAGUGUGAUCUGUAAAUAA